GAAACACUGUCGCCGCUCGAGCAGGAGAUGCUGGAUGAGUAUGCGCGGUUGGUUGGGAAUUUGAAUGAGAUGUCAACGCUCCUCUCGGACCUCGCCACGAACCCGUCCGCCGAGAUACUCGACGCGCUGCGCGGGCUGGAGCGCAAGACGAGUCUGGUCUUCACGCUGCUGAAAGCGAGUGUGUAUAGCAUUGUGCUGAAUCAGGAGAUUCAGGGCGAGGAGGGU